GCUCGGCACCAGCCCAGCCUGGGCAAGCGGCCGCCACCUGCCCGGCGCCGCCUCCGCCCGCCCCCUCCGCGGCCCAACUUGGAUGGAGUUGGGGUCCUGAGCGCCCGCCCCUCCACGGCCCGCCGGCGGAGAGCCCCGCGCCGCCGCCUCCGCUCCGGCCCCCUCUCCGCUGCUCUCAGCUCCCGCGAUGGGAAAAGUUGGCGCCGGCGGCGGCUCCCCAGCCGGGCUGAGCGCGCUCCUCGCCGGCGCGGGGCUCUUGGUCCUCUGCGUCCCGGGCGCCUGCGGCGGCGGCUCCUGCUGCCCCCAGCUGCCCCCCGGCUCGGCCCCACGCUGGGCUGCCACCCCGGGGGGCUUCGUUGGCCGGGGACCGCGAGGCAGAGCUGCUGCCACACCCCUACCCCUCCUUGGGCGCCCGCUGUUCGCGGUGGCCCCCGGAGACCGAGCGCUGUCCCUGGAGCGGGCCCCGGGCACCGCGGCGUCCGUGGCGAUGGCCCCACGCGCUGGCCGGCGGAGACGGAGUGAAGCGGAACCGGGGAAGGCAGACCGCGGAGAGGGCGCGAGCCGGAGCCCCCGGGGAAUGCUAAGGGACGGAGGGCAGCCGGGGCCUGGGACUCUGGAGAGGGACCCGGACAAAGCCACUCGCUUCCGGAUGGAGGAGCUGAGGCUGACCAGCACCACGUUCGCGCUGACGGGCGACUCAGCACACAACCAAGCCAUGGUCCACUGGUCCGGCCACAACAGCAGCGUGAUUCUCAUUUUGACAAAGCUGUAUGACUAUAACCUGGGGAGCAUCACUGAGAGCUCGCUUUGGAGGUCAACUGAUUAUGGAACAACCUAUGAGAAGCUGAAUGAUAAAGUUGGGUUGAAAACAAUUUUAAGCUAUCUCUACGUGUGUCCUACCAACAAGCGUAAGAUCAUGUUACUCACAGACCCGGAGAUUGAGAGCAGCUUACUGAUCAGCUCAGAUGAAGGGGCCACUUAUCAGAAGUACCGGCUGAACUUUUACAUUCAGAGCUUGCUUUUCCACCCCAAGCAAGAGGACUGGAUUCUGGCAUACAGCCAAGACCAAAAGUUAUACAGCUCUGCCGAAUUUGGGAGAAGAUGGCAGCUUAUCCAGGAGGGUGUCGUACCAAACAGGUUCUACUGGUCUGUGAUGGGAUCAAACAAGGAACCAGAUCUUGUGCAUCUCGAGGCCAGAACUAUAGAUGGUCAUUCACAGUACCUAACUUGCCGAAUGCAGAACUGCACAGAGGCCAACAGGAAUAAACCCUUCCCAGGCUACAUUGACCCAGACUCUUUGAUUGUCCAGGAUGAUUAUGUGUUUGUUCAGCUGACAUCAGGAGGACGGCCGCAUUACUACGUGUCCUACCGAAGGAAUGCGUUUGCCCAAAUGAAGCUGCCCAAAUAUGCUUUGCCCAAGGACAUGCACGUCAUCAGCACAGAUGAGAAUCAAGUGUUUGCAGCGGUGCAAGAAUGGAACCAAAAUGACACCUAUAACCUCUAUAUCUCAGACACCCGUGGGGUCUAUUUCACGCUGGCCUUGGAGAAUGUUCAGAGCAGCAGAGGUCCUGAGGGAAACAUCAUGAUUGACCUCUAUGAGGUAGCAGGGAUAAAGGGAAUGUUCUUGGCUAACAAGAAGAUUGACAACCAAGUGAAGACUUUCAUCACGUAUAACAAAGGCCGAGACUGGCGUUUGCUGCAGGCGCCUGACACAGAUCUAAGGGGGGACCCCGUGCACUGCUUACUGCCCUACUGCUCACUGCACCUUCACCUGAAGGUCUCUGAGAACCCCUACACCUCAGGGAUCAUCGCCAGCAGAGACACAGCCCCCAGCAUCAUAGUGGCUUCAGGUAACAUAGGUUCCGAAUUGUCAGACAGCGACAUCAGCAUGUUUGUCUCUUCAGAUGCAGGGAACACCUGGAGGCAGAUCUUUGAAGAAGAGCAUAGCGUUUUGUAUCUGGAUCAAGGUGGAGUCCUGGUUGCUAUGAAGCACACGUCUCUCCCGAUUCGACAUCUCUGGUUGAGUUUUGAUGAAGGGAGAUCUUGGAGCAAAUACAGUUUCACAUCCAUUCCACUCUUUGUGGAUGGGGUUUUGGGCGAGCCUGGGGAAGAGACUCUAAUCAUGACAGUGUUUGGACACUUCAGCCACCGCUCCGAAUGGCAGCUGGUCAAGGUGGACUACAAGUCCAUUUUUGAUAGACGGUGUGCCGAGGAGGACUACCGACCCUGGCAGCUGCACAGCCAGGGGGAAGCAUGCAUCAUGGGAGCAAAAAGGGUAUAUAAGAAGCGAAAAUCAGAGAGGAAGUGUAUGCAAGGAAAAUAUGCAGGAGCUAUGGAAUCUGAACCUUGUGUCUGCACGGAGGCCGAUUUUGACUGUGACUACGGUUAUGAGCGACACAGCAAUGGUCAGUGUCUGCCAGCAUUUUGGUUCAAUCCGUCUUCUCUGUCAAAGGAUUGCAGCUUAGGACAGAGUUAUCUCAACAGUACCGGGUAUAGGAAAGUGGUUUCCAAUAACUGCACCGAUGGAGUAAGAGAACAGUACACUGCCAAACCGCAGAAGUGUCCCGGGAAGGCCCCGCGGGGGCUGCGGAUCGUCACUGCUGAUGGGAAGUUGACAGCAGAACAGGGGCACAACGUUACUCUCAUGGUGCAGCUGGAAGAGGGUGACGUCCAGAGGACACUCAUCCAAGUGGACUUUGGUGAUGGCGUGGCAGUGUCUUACGUCAACCUCAGCUCCAUGGAAGAUGGCAUCAAACAUGUCUAUCACAACGUGGGCAUUUUCCGAGUGACGGUGCAGGUGGACAACGGUCUGGGGUCGGACAGCGCCGUCCUGUACUUACAUGUAACUUGUCCCCUGGAGCAUGUACACCUGUCUCUUCCCUUUGUCACCACGAAGAACAAAGAGGUCAACGCAACUGCAGUGCUGUGGCCCAGCCAAGUGGGCACCCUCACUUACGUAUGGUGGUAUGGAAACAACACAGAGCCUCUGAUCACCUUGGAGGGAAGCAUAUCGUUCAAGUUUACUUCUGAAGGGAUGAACACCAUCACAGUCCAGGUCUCUGCUGGGAAUGCCAUCCUGCAAGACACAAAGAGCAUCGCGGUGUAUGAGGAAUUCCGGUCCCUUCGCCUGUCCUUCUCUCCGAACCUGGACGACUACAACCCCGAUAUCCCUGAGUGGAGGAGGGACAUCAGCCGAGUCAUCAAAAAGUCCCUGGUGGAAGCCACAGGGGUCCCAGGCGAGCACAUCUUGGUGGCAGUGCUCCCUGGCUUGCCCACCGCAGCUGAGCUCUUUGUCUUGCCCUAUCAGGAUCCGACUGGAGAAAACAAAAGGUCAGCGGAAGACCUGGAGCAGAUAUCAGAACUGCUGAUCCACAAGCUCAAUCAAAACGCGGUGCACUUUGAGCUGAAGCCUGGGGUCCAAAUCCUUGUCCAUGCGGCUCACUUAACAGCAGCCCCGCUGGUGGACCUCACUCCAACUCACAGUGGGUCUGCCAUGCUGAUGCUGCUCUCAGUGGUGUUUGUGGGGCUGGCCGUGUUCGUCAUCUACAAGUUUAAAAGGAGAGUAGCUUUACCCUCCCCUCCCUCCCCUUCUACUCAACCUGGUGACUCAUCUCUCCGAUUGCAAAGAGCAAGACACGCCACUCCGCCUUCAACGCCAAAGCGGGGAUCUGCUGGGGCGCAAUUUGCAAUUUAAGGAAAACCCCCAAAGGCUACAGGCGACCUGCCGAUCAGGAAAGAAUUUCGCUCUUGUCAAGUGCACCAUCCUUCAUGACCACUAACUUUAUGUUUUUUUUUUCUUUCCUUUGUUGUUCUGUUUCCUAUUUUGCCAGGAAGUAUUUCCAUAGUUGCUGAGAAUCAAAGCACAAAAGAAAUCCCUACCUAUGUAAAUGUUUGAAUGGAGGACGCCAGUAAAAACAAAAACAAACAAACAAAAAAAUAAAAUAAAAACAAUCAAAAUCCAAACAAACAAACAAACAAACACUCACUGCAUCGGGACUUUUUAAUUCUUCAGACACAGACAACAAGGGUUUUUAGCUUUAAGCCUGUGCAUGUGGACAAUACCUUGAGAACAUGCUUGGAGGGGCAGUGUACAGGUGCUCUAUUUUAAUGGAAAAAACACUCCCCUCCCCCUUUCUCCCUCUCUCUCUUUUUUCUGAUCGGUCGUGUUUGUAGAACAUUCAUAACAUAUAGAGGCCAAGGAAAUCUGCAUGUGUUUUUGGAAAUAUUCUUGGCUCUAGAUUUAACAGCUAUUUUAGCUCUACGGGCUGACGGGUGGAUUAGCCACCCCAGCCCCUUUCAUAAGACACAAAGACAUGCACAGGAGUGUGAAACCCUGAGCUGUUUCUCUGUUCCACUUUCCUUACUGCCAUUUUUCUGUUCUCAGUUAUCUCUGGUAGCUCUGUUGGCCAGCGGUGACCACAGGGCUGCUUUUUUGCAUUCUGUAUGGCCACAGGGAUGAAGAAGUGAGUUGAAGUUCCAUAUACUCAGGCAGAGUGAUGCAGGCAGGCAGGGGGCAGGCAUGUGAGAAGUGGACCUUUCCCUCACCCAGGCUUUCCCUUGCAGCUUCCCUACUCUCACCCCAACCAACAUAGAAAAGAGAAUCCCAGUUACCCGUCGUCUGGCCUCCCCAUGUGUUUGCUAUCCAUGUGUGAUCAUGACCUCUUGAUGUCUUUGUACCUCUUCCUUCCAGUUUCCAAGUGGUCUUUCAAGUCCCCCUACUUUUUUCUUCCCAAACAUGUUGCAAGAUUCUGGACAUGAACCUCGGUAUUUCCUAAAUACUGGCCUGGCGCCUGCCAACCUUGCCCUUGUCACAUUCAAAUUUCUGAUCCGUCAGCAUGCCAGCUUCCCUACACACUGACCAGGCUGUCCUGCCCUGCAGGGUUCAGCUCCAUGUACCCUUUGUCUCCUCCUGGAGAACCUGCCUCUUGCAAAUAGCCUUGCCUUUUCUCACCUGGAAACAUGCAAUGUGUGUGAAAGAGUUGAUACAUGCAAAACAAUUCAGACCUGGCCAUGUACACUGGAAAAGAAAGCAGACAGAUGCGUAGUGGUAUUCUCACACCUUAACAAAAAUCUCUCGUGUGCAGAUUCCAGAAUAUUCUUGCGAGAAAUGUUUUGACAUGUUACUGUGUGGCAGGGCAGUUUCCUUCUGUAAUGGUUGCUAUUACCCAGUAUUUGUUCUCUCACCGUAGAGUAAAACUAUUUGUAAAAUAAAACUGAUUUUAACGAGAAGAAGAAGCAGGUUAAUGGAUUUAAUAUUGAAGAGUGUCAAAAAGUCUGAGAACAUAUGGAGGUCUUGUCUUACAUGAGGAUGCAAUUUUGGUUAUGAAGGAACCCAGACAUUUCACAUGUGUGAUCUCUGAUCUCUGAGUAUCGUAGUAUUGGCAAAGGAAAAAUUAAUAAGCUUCAAGGGGAGGAGGUAGAUGUCUAAAGCAGAAUGACUCAAGGCAUGAAAAAUCCCUGUUUGCCCAGGGCAAUAAUGAAAGAAGCACCAGAGAAAGAAUGACACAGAAGCAUGUCCAGCAGAAGCCCUUGGAGGAUUAUGAGUUGGGUAAAGCCCACUCUAAAAUAUAGUAGAAAGCAGUUUUGAAAAACCACUCAGAAGGAGCAGCCUCCUUCUUGGCCAUGUUCCCAGGCCAGUAACAGCUUAUAACAGGGUCCCAGUGAUAAUGGGGGUGUCCCAAAGGUCUUGAGGAGCCCUGCCCUUAUGUAGCUGGGCAGGAGAAGAGUGACAAAGCUGCAGUCAGAAGUUAACCAAGCAGAAGUUUUUGUGAUUGAGGAUGCCCAGUGUGGAUCUGGGAAAUGGAUUAUGCCUGCGGCAACCAUCUGUUUGUAGAACUCAAUUGAUCCCCAACCUGCCAGGCUUCCUAUCCCAUAGGACACAUCCUCAUCGAUCCGCUUCAGUUGGAGCCGCCCACGUUUAAUCUGGAAGACAAAAUGUUGGGAAACCAAAAGAGGCUCCCUCAAAACAGCACAGGGGGUCCUUGGAGUUGCAGUUCAAGUAAUUUUAAUCGGAAAAUUAUGAGAAAUGGAAAAACCCUCUGAAUCUAGCACAGUGCCUUGCCUAGAGUAGGUAUUAAGAAAACCACUCGUUGAAGGGAUACAUGAAAAGACUACGUGAGAAAACAUAGGGAAGGAUGGGCUUGCAAGUCCUAAAAAUCGAGGUAGACAUGAGAUACCUGGCAUUUUGGAAAGUGAUCACAGAUGGCCAGCUCUCUAGUGAGCAUCUCCAGGGUCCUCAUGUGCCUCUCCUCCAAGCUCCCUCCCACCUGUAGGAGAUUAGUGAGGCUAGGUACUGCUCAGAGGGGACCUCAUUGUUCUUACAAUCUAGCUCUAUGGUUCUCAAAGUGUGGUACCUGGACCAGCAGAAUCAGCAUCACCUCAGACUUAUUAGAAAUUUGGGGUCCCCCUACUGAAGUCCCACUGAAUCAGAAACUCUGGGGGGCUAGGGGCCCAGCAGUCUGUUUUUACCAGCCCUUCAGGUUAUUGUGAUGCACACAGAAGUUUGGGAACCACCGCACCCUGCCAUUCCAGCUCAAUCCCAAAGAGAACGUAGUAAUGAGAGCCUACAAAUGGGAGGGACCCAAGUGCCUACCUACUCACUAACAGCAGGUGCAAACACAGUGAGGAGUUUGGUGGGCCAGAGGAGUGAGUGGCGAGGGAUGGGCAUGGAAGGGAAAAUUCAGGGGAAGCUAAAAAUCUGAUAUUGUGAUGUUUUCCAAAACUCCCAGAGGGCAAACUGUGCAUGCUCUACCCUGAAAUACCCAGCCAACAUUUUCUCCUUCGCCUUAUUCCUAAUUGGAUUCACUGUCCAAAAUGCAGAGGUUUGCCUUGCUUUUUUUUUUCAGAAGUUCCAAACAGCAACUUUGAGAGCAAUGGGGUGUUUGGCAGCUGUUCUGUGUUUUCCAGGAUUCCAACUGAGCAUUGAAAUCCCUCAUUUGCCAACUUAUUUUUAUAGGAAGCCAAUU